AUGGAUCAACCAACAACUUCAAAUGUUUCUACAACAACUGCAACAACAACUAAUAUUAAUUCAACACAAUCAUCAUCUACUACAAAUACAAUUAAUACAAAUCAUACAAAUAUUUCAAUUUUAAAUAAUUUACAAAAUAUUAUAACAACUCCCUCUUCAACACAACAACAGCAACAACAGCAGACAAAUACAAAUAAUUUAAUACAAAAUACCCCUACAACAGCAUUAGUUCAACCAAUGAUUUUUAAUAACCAAACGACAUUAAAAUCUUCAACAACAAAUAUUUGUCAACAAAAAAUGAGAAAAGAAAUUUAUAGAUAUACUUGUGAGGAUAUGCUAUUUGCAGCUGCUUGGUCAAAUAAAAUAUAUGAAGAUAGAAGGUUUAGACUUGUAGUUGGGACUUUGUUAGAUGAAGAAAAAAUUAUGAAUAAUAAGGACCCAUCACAGCCAGAAUUAUUUGCUACUACCUCAAAUUAUUUACGUAUUUUUAGAUAUCAUCCAAAUAGAGAUUUUAAUCAAAUUCCAAUUACAUUGGAGUGUGAAUUAUAUUCUACUAAUAAAUCAAACAUUUAUUCUGCACCGUUGACGGGACUUGACUGGAAUGAAGUAGAUUCAACAUUGCUUGCUACAUGUAGUAUUGAUACAACAUGUACUGUUUGGAAUGUUGAGACUGUUCAACAAAUUGGGCAAAUCAAGGCAAUUGAAGGUUCACAAAAAACCCAAUUGAUAGCUCAUGAAAAGCCUGUACAUGAUAUUGCUUUUGCUAAAUUGGAUAGUGGGGGGAGAGAUCAAUUUGCUACUGCAGGUGCAGAUGGUAGUGUUAGACUCUUUGACCUUCGUUCACUUCAGCAUUCUACAAUUUUAUAUGAAGAUCCAGAAAAACGAAUGUUAAAUCAUGUGGCUUGGAAUAAACGUGAACAUACAAAAUUGGCAACCGUUGCACACGAAUCUUUUGAGGUAAAAUUUUUUUUAAGUGUUUGGAUUGGCAGUGGAAAUAUUUUAUAUUUUCUUGUCUUUCAAUUUUUUGUUGCCUAUAACUCGGUUGUAAUUUUGGAUAUACGAGUUCCUUGCAGACCUUUAGCUCGUUUUGGAAAUCAUAGAGGAUUCAUAAAUGGAAUAGCUUGGGCACCUCAUUCAACAGUACAUAUUUGUACAGCUGGUAGUGAUCGACAAGCAUUAAUUUGGCAAAUGAAUCAUUUUAAUAGAGAUGAACCGAUACUUGCAUAUACGGCUGAAGGAGAAAUUAAUCAAAUUCAUUGGUCUAAUAAUUUUCAUCAAUGGAUUAGUAUAUGUUUUAAUAAGAAUAUGGAAAUUCUAAGAGUUUAA